AUGAAGAAGUUCUUCAAGCCCAGGGAGGCAGGGACCAUCACUCCCCUGCCUCCCACCAGCCCCGCCGCCUCGAGCUCGUCCUUUGGCACUCCGCGCCCCUUUGACGAGUACCAGGCGCGCAUGGCCGCACAGGCGGAGCACUCCGAUCUCCAACGGCCCCUCUCCUACCAGCCUCCCUCUUCCAAGUCACGCUCACGUCCACCACGCGGAUCCUCCGACGAAGCCGCCUUUGCGCAGCCGUAUCCCCCCAACAACCGUCACAGCCAGCAUUUCGGCCCAUCCGACGCCAUGACUUUUCAUCGGUCACCCGACAAACAGCGCCAUUCGAACCAAUUCCACUCGAUGCGCGGCAUCGAGGUGCCCUACGACUCCUACUCGGACCCAAACUCGCAUCCCUCCGAACACACCUCCACCCGAGCCUCCUACGAUCGCAGCAGAGCGUCGGAUCGCGACAAACGCGCUUCUCAGCCCGUCCCCUAUGCUGCACCGAGAAACUCGUUCCAGUCCAAGCACUCUUCCGACAGAAUGGCUGCCUUCUCACCGCCAAGAUCGCUGCGUCCAGCCAAUCAACCUCCCCGCCAGCGUCCCGUCGAUGGGCUCGGCGCAUCAUCCGACCGUCAGCCAGAACCAGGCCGCUUCGGAACCACCGACCACGUUGCAUUUGACCCUUCGCGCGUCCGCCGCCGCAAGUCAGACGAAGACGAGUCGGAUUCGGAUGCAGACGAGAGCUCACCCGCCUCUCGCGGUCCGUCCCGCGUAGCGGCGUAUCCCGUCUACUCGGGUGCCGACGGCGGCCAAGACGACGCAGAGGUGCUCAUGUCGCAGGGUCGCUAUGAAGAAACCACCUUGACCGAGCUCAAGGACAAGGACAAGCCCAAAACCAAAAAGCUCUUUGCCUUUGCAUCAGCCGCCAAGGACAAGAAAGCCAAGCAGAGCCGCGAGAAGGACCGAGAUCGCGCAUUGGCAUCUUCACCCCUACCGCCCAUGUCGAGCCGCGAUCGCGAUGACGGCCAGCUCUUGUCGCCGCCAUCAGAUUCACCCAUGGAAGCACACCAAGAGCGCGCCAAGGAAGGUGGAUGGAUGGACAGGUGGAACAAGCGCGCGCACCAGCAGCACGCUGCGCGCCUCCAGGACAAGGAAGCCGAAGAGCUCGCAGGGUCUCGCGUCGGAUGGCUCUCGGCCAAUGCGGUCCAGGAUCAGGACUGGAUGGAGAUCCUGCCGCUCAUCGACAUGGUCAGCCAGUCGGACGCGGCCAGCAAAGAAGCGGCGCGAGCGCUGCGCAAGGAGUUCAAGUACGGCUCGGUCGACGCCCAACGUCGCGCCGUGCGCACCUGGGCGCUGCUCACGCUCAACGCCACCGACCGCUUCCGCCAGCAUGUGGCGAGCAAACGAUUUCUGGAUGCGGUCGAGGACACCGUCGCGUCGUCCAAGACGCCGCUCAGCGUCAAGGAGACCAUGCUCAGGGUGCUCGGCGUGCUUGCCUUUGAAUUUCGCGACGAGCCCGAGCUGGCGGCGAUCACAAAGUGCUGGAAUCGCGUCAAGCCCAGCGACAGGCCCAAGGACGGCGAAGCGCUCGAAAAUGAUCUGGUCGAGUUCCGUCUGCCGCAGCAGCGCGCAUCACCUCCGCCUGGCCAGCGUGCGGCCCCGUACGCGGGGCACAGUACGCAUCCUCGGGCAUACAAUGCGCAUCUUGCCGUCACCGAUGGAUGGCAUGCACCGCCGCAGUCCAUCGCACCGCCGCAAGCGCCCCAACAUCGAGCCGGUCAGGACGUGGGCGCACACCAGGCAGCAGCAUACGAGGCUAGGUCGUGGGCCCCGUGGUCCGCCCCUGCCGCCCCUGCGCCGCCACCGGCGAGAGAGCACCGACGCAACGAGGCCCAUGACGUCGUUUCGAACCUCGAGGCGCUUGCGGCCGAGUCCAUGGAGCGGCGUUCAACGUCGCUGCAGGGCUCCGACGCCUCGUGCCGCACUCCGAACGAGGUAGUCACGCAGGAAGAGGACAUGCGGCGGCUGCACGAAGAGUGCCAUAUCGCACGCAGCAACGCCUCGGUGCUCAUGGACACGCUCGUGCACGAGGGGCUGCACGCCGAGACCGCGGAGCUCGUCGACGAGUUUUACCAAAAGGUGGCGCGGUCGCAGGAGCUGUUGGCGUCGCAGAUCGGCUGGGCGUCUGCGCAGGCGGAUCGGUCGCGCACGCGUGGUCCGCUGACGGGCGAGACGCGCCAAGAGGCACUGCUCGCGGACAUCCUCGAGGCGCACGGCCGGGCCAGCGAGGCGGUGGGGAUGGUGGACGACGCCCGGCGCCACAUGGACGAGGAGGAGCAGGAGCGUCAGGUCACCGAGCGCAGCAAGGUGGAGGUGAGCAUCGACCGCGCCGCGAUGGCGCAGGAUGCGCACACGGGCGAUCUGUACGAGCUCGGCGCCGGGCGCGGGCGCGGGCUGCUGGGUGCGGAUCUUGGGGCUCGGGCGUCGGGCUCUCGUUCGCCCUCGCCCAAUGCGGGUGUGUCCGGUGUGCGGUCGAAUGCGGUGCUGGCCACGUCUCCUGUGGGUGGGGCGGUGCGUGUGUCGCGUCCGCUGCCCGUGCCGCGGUCGGAACCUUCGUCGGACAGCAACAGCGUCCGCUCGGGGAUGCAUGCCAGUGCGCCCGCGCCGACGCAUUCGCGCGAUACGUCGGUGUCGUCGCACCACACACCACCCUCGACGCUGCGUAGCCAGCUACCCAUCCCCCCGCCCGCGUUGAGCAUCAGCACGCACGAGCCACCGCUACCCCCAAGGCCUGGAGCGGGGAGGAAGGAGCAGGACGACGAGGAGAUGCAGACGCCUGUGGUGCCGAGCGCCAAAGCGCUGGGUAAGCGACGCGCCGUGUCCGUGCGGUAUCCCAGCCCACCCGCGUCGGGGCAGGCGGCGCUGGCCAACGGCAUCGACUCGCUGCGCAUCGGUCACUAG